CCCAGUGACAAUGGCAUGUCUGAGAGCCAUCAGGGAUGCUGGUGAUGCACAGCCGCUUGGAUCUUUCUUGGCCCAGCUCCUCAAUGACCUGGAUGACCCUGCAGGAUUAGGGGCCUUUGAAAUCAGUCAUGAAGAGGUGAGGGGAAGGAGAUGCAGAGGCCAGGUGGAGUACACCAGAGACAUGCUCUGGUCCCGGUUCAGGACACAGGUAAUGGAGCCAUAUCUGGAUGGUCUCCUGGACAGCCUGGACAGGAGAUUUCAAAACCUGGGGAUAAUUGGAGCUUUCCAUGUGCUGGGACCCAAGGCACUUAAAGAAGAUGAUGCUGUCGUCACUGAAGACCUCAAGAAACUGUCCAAAAAAUUCCUGCAGCAGCAGCAGCCUGAAACCACUCUGCUUCAGGAAUGGUCAUCCUACAAUCAGCAUUUACUCACAGGAGCUUUUAAGGAUAUGGACCAAGUAACAACAAUGGAAAAACUGUCAUCCCAGAAUGACGAGUGGGCACAGCUGUAUCCCUCCAUGAGCCAGCUGGCAGCCAUUGCCCUGACGGUUCCCAUCUCAAGUGUGAACUGUGAGAGGGAUUUUUCAAUGAUGAAUAGGGUGAAGACUGACUUGAGAAACGGGCUGCAGGGGGAUCACCUUGCAGCAUGUAUGCUCCUGAGCAUCAGCAGGCCCCCCUCCAUACAACAGAGCCUUAUAGCUCUUCUAUAAA